UGGACAGGAGUCAAUCGCAUCUAGUCUUGGCGCUGAUGUCACUGCAGGACUUGUUUGCGCCGCAGAUUAUCUACGAGGAGACCACCGCUCAGUGGAUCAACUGUCACGACGUGUUGCACUUCUUUGGAGCCGAUUCGGGCGAUGAAUUGGCGAGUGGUUCCCGAUUGCGGUUCUUGUGGUCGUCCGAGGAGUCAGGGUUUCGACAUUUGUAUCAAAUAGAAGUCGAAUUAGUGGCCAAUAGUCCGGGCGAUGAUAGUAUGAGUGAACACCAGUCCGAUGAGAAUACCGGUGAACCAGUGGUGACAGCGAAAGAGGAUACUAACGGUGCGAAACAACCUAAACUCGACCAGAGAACAGAUUACUCGCAACGAAGUAAAUCAGGAAACAGUAGUGAUGAAGGGAAUACCAGUGCUAAUGGCACCACUUUUGGCACCACUCCUAAUAUGUCACACAACUCGGACUACGGUCGACACCAAACCACCGCACCCUUCGAGUCCAUAGCGACGUUACGCUCAAAACUGGUCAGUAAAUCGCAGUUAACUCACGGCAAUUGGGAGGUGUCGGACAGGGAUGUCUGGUGCGACGAACACCAGGGACUGGUCUACUUCUGCGGACUCAAGGAGUCGCCGCUGGAGCGGCACCUGUAUGUCGUGUCACUUAAUUACCCGAAACUGUCGCCCAAACGGCUGACCGCCGAGGACUUCUCGCACACGACCAUCGCGUUCAACCCGUCGCACAAGUACUUCGUGGAC